AUGCUUUUCUUUAUUCUCGCCUGCAGAGUCUUGUUCUGUAUGCUCCUAUCCGCCUUGCUACAUAUUAGCUCGGGUUUUGCGACUGGAGACGAUGACGGUAUACCUCUUUUCAACAGCUUGUCUUUCGAGCCAUUUCAUGACGAAGUGUGGCCCAUUCCUUUUUCGACUGCUCACCUCUCCGUAGCUGCUGCUCCUGAUUUUCAUUCUCCUUUUCAGACCCCGCCGAUGAUCACGCAUCAAACCGCUGAUGUGCCGGGUCCUUCUGUAGUCAACAACUACGCCGGUGGAGAACAGAGACUCACCGUGGUUCCAAAGCUUGGCGAGACUGAUUUACAUGCAUGGGAGCUUUGGCACAUUCAAAGGAUGCUCAAGUACAGAUUGCAUCAAGCAAAAAUCAAUCCUUUCACACUCAGGCUACUUCCUCCAAUGCAUGAUGUUCGACACGUCCAUAUCGACAUCAUCCACAAGCAGCUUCAGCUUCAAGUUAACUCGAAGCAGGCUGUAUAUCUCGGCCCGACCGUCGAUCAUCAAGGCGAAAUAGUUGCGAUUCCGAUUCAUCGAGAUGCAGUCAAGGAGGCUGUAAUAGACGCUGAGAAGAACGGUAAAGUUGGUUGGGCCAUUGUGGGGACCAAUUUUGGGCCCCAUCCUGCUAUUACCUGGUUCUCGUAUGCUCUACUUGAUGUUCCGGAUCGGAAGGCCUUCGUCGAUAACCUCAAGAACUCCAAUAACGUCAAGGCGUUGAAAAAUUUCAUUCGACCGGUUGCAUCACUGCCGCACUUUUCUUGA